AUACCUACAAACCAAUUCAAAGGGCAAUGUAGUGGAUGGUGGGGGCAGCCUGGUUUCCCACUGCCGUUGGAUAAUUCUUGACAUUAUUAAUACAUACUGCUCCUCCAAAACUUGCAGGAAAAAAACAAACACAGAGAGAGCCAAGUUCUUGUUUAAUUAUCAUGGCUAUAGUUUUUAUCCUUGCAUCACUGAUAAUCCUAGUCCUUCUUGUCAAUCUCACCAUCAAAUUCACAAGAAUAUUAUCAAGAACAAAGUCCUUGAAUCUUCCACCCGGCAGCUACGGAUGGCCGAUUCUUGGUGAAACACUCGAAUUUCUUCGUGCAGGUCUAGAUGGUACACCCGAGAAAUUUGUCAAAGAGAGAAGCGAUAAAUAUAAAUCGCAAGUGUUCAAGACUUUGUUGAUGGGGGAGAAUAUGGCCGUUUUCUGCGGGUCCUCUGGGAAUAAGUUCUUGUUCAGCAACGAAAAUAAGCUUGUUACAGUUUGGUGGCCUAGCUCUGUCAGACAACUUCUCGGACCAUGCUUAGCAACCAGCGGUGGAGAUGAAGGCAAGCAAAUGAGGAAGAUGGUUUCUUAUUUUCUGGGCCCCGAUGCUUUCACUAGGCUUUACAUCAAAACCAUGGAUUUAGUUUCCCAGCAACAUAUCAAGAAUCACUGGCAAGGUAAAGAGGAAGUAAAAGUGUUUCCAACGAGCAAGUCUUACACGUUUGAACUUGCGUGUCGACUAUUUAUGAGCCUAGAGGACCCGAAGCAGAUAUCAGAACUUGCUGCUCUGUUCAAUAUUUUCUUGAAGGGUAUAAUAUCGAUUCCUGUGAAUUUCAUCGGAACAAGAUUCUAUAAUGCGAAGAAGGCUACUUUUGCUAUAAAGAAUCAGCUCCGGGAGAUAGUAAGACAGAGGAGAGCUGCAUUGGAAUGUAAAAGGGCUGCACCUUGGCAAGAUCUUCUGUCCCACUUACUUGCAACUCCAGAUGAAAACGGUAAGUUCAUGUCUGAAUCGGUUAUAGUGAACAACAUAAUAAUGCUGCUGUUUGCCGGUCACGACACUUCAAGUGUUGCAAUAACGAUGAUGAUGAAGAAUCUAGCGGAAAUUCCUGAGGUUUACGAAAAAGUGCUCAAAGAGCAGAUGGAAAUAGCAUCAUCAAAAGGAGGAGAAUAUCUAGAGUGGGAGGAUAUACAGAAGAUGAGGUACACGUGGAAUGUAGUAUCGGAAACAAUGAGAGUAAUGCCACCAAUAAUGGGUGCUUUUAGAGAAGCAUUGACAGAUAUUAGAUAUCAAGGUUAUCACAUUCCAAAGGGAUGGAAGGUAAUUAAUACUAAUUAGCUUGUUUGCUUGAAUGAA